AUGCGAGUGGCCCCCAGCUUUCCCUUGCUCCAGUCUUUAUUCGCCAAGAAUCCGAAGGAACAGAAGGAUUGGUCGGUGAUGUCGAAGGUCUCUCACGCCAUGGAGCCCAGCGAAGCCGAGAAAAGAAACAGGCUGCGAGCCAAGGUGAGUGCGAAGGCUGUUCCCAGGCGCCUCUGA